UCACUGGCCUGAGAAUCAACCGAAUUAUCAGCCAUUUCAAAAAAAAAAAACUGCAUUAUUAGCAAAAUACAACAAUCAAUUCAAGUUCUUGAGCUGAAAGAUUCACUGUUUGAAUUGCAUUAAGGCUAACCCAUUUGGCAUUCAUGACAGAGUAAAACUGCUGAUGAACAACAAGAAGCUCUAGUGAACUCCAUGUCUUCUAUAAUAUUUUCUCCCCUGGUUCACACAUCAACUACAGUAGCAUCAAGAAUCAAACCCAAACCAAAACAAAAAUUCAUAACUAGUGUUUCACUCGCUGCAGCUCCGAUACAAGCCGGUUUUUCGGACCCCUUUGUUCUCCAACUUGCAGAAUCCCUCGAAGAUUCAGCCCCUCCUUGUUCCUCCCCGUCUCUCCAGAAGCUUAGAGAUUCUUGCUCUGAGUCUCUUCUUUCCAUCCCUUGGCCCUCUCGUAAAGAUGAGCUCUUUCGCUUCACCGACACUUCACUCAUCAAGAAAUCAGAAAUCCAGCCAAUCUCUAAGCCACAGCUUGAUCCCCUAACCAACUUUUCAGAAGAUAUCCAAUCGCCCAAUGUUGUUUUUGUUGAUGGGUAUAUUGUAAAUUCUAUGUCAAAUACAUCAAAUUUGCCUGAUGGAGUUUAUGUAGGUAGCUUGUCAAGUGACUCUGAAGAUAACAUUGCCAAAACGUUAUCCAACUCUUUUGAUGAGUUCCAGUUGGGUGAUUUGUUUUGGUCGAUAAAUGGAUUAGGGGCGCCGGAUGUUGCUGUGAUUUAUGUUCCUGAAGGGGUUAGAGUAGAAACUCCAAUCCAUUUGAGGUAUGUUUCAGUUGUGGGAGGAGAUGAGGGAUCUAACCAGCUUCCAGUUUCAAAUCCAAGGGUGUUAGUGGUGGUCGAGAAGAGAGGAGAGGUUGGCAUAAUUGAGGAGUUCGUUAGCACAGGGAGAGAAAAUAAAUCUUACUGGACAAAUGCAGUUUUGGAAGUUAUGAUUCAAGAAGGAGCAAAAGUUGAGCAUUCUUAUAUUCAAAAUCAGUCCUUGAAUUCUGCUCAUACCAAGUGGACAUCAGUUCAACAGAAAUCAGCUAGUACUUAUGCACUUGCUGAAGUAAGCACUGGUGGAAAAUUGAGCCGGCACAAUCUCCAUGUGCAGCAACUGGGUCCAGAUACAGCUACAGAAGUAUCAACAUUUCAUUUAUGUGUCGGUGCUCAAACACAAGAUCUACAUAGCAGACUAGUAUUCGAUCAUCCAAGGGCUUACUCUCGACAGCUUCACAAGUGCAUUGUUGCCGAUUCACAAGGCCAAGCUGUCUUCGAUGGGAAUGUAAAGGUCAACAGAUUAGCGCAGCAGACUGAUGCCGGACAAUUAACAAGGUGUCUUCUGCUGGAACCACGUGCAACCGUGAAUGUCAAACCCAAUCUGCAAAUUAUAGCAGAUGAUGUAAAGUGCUCCCAUGGAGCUGCUAUAAGUGAUCUAGAAGAAAGUCAGCUUUUUUACCUUCAGGCCCGUGGUAUCGAUUUAGAGACGGCUAGAAAAGCUCUUGUAUUUUCCUUUGGAGCUGAAGUGAUCGAAAAAUGUCCUUACUCUUUCGUCAGAAAGCAAGCUGAGACUCUAGUCAAGGAGUCGCUGAGUUCUACCGGUAAACUAUCCUUAUAGGUUAUAUUGAACCGUCAGAUGGAUGUUCUCGAGAUACUCGUAUUUGGUCGAAAGAUUUUGCAAGAAAAAUCUUUAUUAGCCAUUGAGCUGUUGUAAAUUUUGUCUCCAUUAAAAGUGUACCAUGCUUAUGAACUCGUUGAAUUUAUGAACAAAACAAGAAAUAAAAUCAAGAAAUUUCAGAA